UGUGUGUUUUGGGGGGAGGGCUGGGUGUGGUCUGCAUGUAGGAGCAGGGCGAGGCUCAGGACUAAAAAAGCAUCUCCUGUUUCAGUCUGUGUUAGUCUACAGCGCUCAGGUGAACUCAGGUUGCAGAACAGCAGAAUGGACCUCUCAGACGCUCUUGAUGGUGACAACCAAUCAAGUGGAGGAGGUGUCUGGACCAAUGCGCCUGGCUGGCCAGGUCAACCAAACCAGCCCAAUCAGCCCACCUGGCCUGGAGGUCAGCCUACUAACCCUGCCUGGCCUGGAGGUCAGCCUACUAACCCUGCCUGGCCUGGAGUUCAGCCUACUAACCCUGCCUGGCCUGGAGGUCAGCCUACCAACCCUGCCUGGCCUGGAGGUCAGCCUACCAACCCUGCCUGGCCUGGAGGCCCCACCCAGCCGGGACCUUGGGGUCCAAGUCCAGGCCCUACAUCCGGACCUGGACCUGCCCCUCCUGUUGCACCCCAGCAGAGUCUGGCGGUUCCCUACAACCAGAUUCUGCCCCAAGGAGUGUACGACAGACUGCUGAUCACCAUCGCUGGAACCAUCAAACCGAAUGCUGACAAGAUCACGGUGGAUAUGGGCACAGACCGCGACCUGGCCUUCCACUUCAACCCUCGCUUCAAUGAGGGCGGCAACAAGGUGAUCGUCAGAAACAGCUGCAUCAGCAACAGAUGGGGAAGAGAGGAGAGGGAGCUGCAGAAAUUCCCAUUUGUGCGGGGUCAGAAUUUCGAGAUAAAGAUCCUGUGCACCAACACAGAGUUUAAGGUGGCUGUCAACAACUCUCACCUGCUGGAGUUCAAGCAUCGACUCACCAACCUGAGAGACAUCAAGCGACUCAACAUCUACAAUGACCUCACGCUGUCCAUGGUCAACAUGGAGACCGUGCAGUGAGACAGAUCACUGACCCAGGGAGAUGUACAGGAGCUCAAUCAGAUCCAGAGAAAAUGAUAGUAAAUGUUUGAAGGCAAUCAGCAGGAAAUGCUCUUAUACUGUUCAGGUCACUCAUAAAUAAAAAGUUUAUCU